AUGGAAGUGUUUUCAGGAGUAGGAUUAACAGGUAAAAUUCAAAAGUAAGUCGAGCUUCAAUAGAUAAGAGAAGCCGAGAAACCACCAAUCUCUGCUCGUCAAAAGGCCCACACCUAUGAGAUCUUGAUAAUUUGCAUUUACAAACACAACACAAGGAGCGUUCCGCACGUCGUGUUUUGUUUAGCUCUCUGCGGUGCGGCUGUUUUUCUGUGCGUUGCAAUCUCUGCUUUCUAGCUCCAGAACUCUUUAGAAUGGCUGAUAUCAAAUUGAGCAAAGUUAAAGGAAAGCUACAGGGUUUGAAGGAUAAGAUCGAGAAGGCCGAAGAUCGAUGCAAUGACUGUAAGAACGAGCUUCGAGAGGUAGAGGAAGCCUGUGACAAAAAUGAAGGCGAAGCAGAUUCAUUCAAACGAAGAAUUCGCCUCGUUCAAGAUGAACUGUCAAAAACUACGGAAGUUCUGGAAGAGAAACAGGCUAGAUUGGCCGAAAUACAGGCAAUUUCAUGCGAGCAUGAGGUCGCCUGCAAAGAGCUGGAAGGGAUAGACCGCGAGAGCGACGAAAAACUGACUGACAUGGAAGAGAGGGUUCUUGCAGCCAUGCAAUUAGCAAAGGAAUCCGAUGCACGUCUACAAGAAGCGAAGCAAAAAUAUAGAGUCACUGUGGGCGAGGUGGAGAAGACAAAAGAACGCGCUGAAUACUUAGAAGGAAAAUGCCAAGAGUUGGAGGACGGUAUUUCUAGCACAAGCACCACUUUGAGAGACAUGGAAGGUCGGGAUGCUGAGUCUGCUGAAAAAGAACAGGAGCUGCUAGAGAAGUUGGAGUUCUUAGAGGGACAGCUGAAAGAAGCUAUUGCCCGCGCAGAAGAAGCUGAGCGCAAAGUGCAGCCACAAGAAACCAUCAUCGAUGACCUGACGCAAGAACACGAUUCUUAUGCGGACAAAAUCAAAGAUAUCGAGCAAGAAAUGAAGAAAAUGGAAGACAUGGUGGAAGCAUCAAUAGAUGAUGUUGAUGUACAAGAACCUAGAAAGGUAACAGAUCGCUAUCAAGUACAGGAAGAGCACGAGCCCGGGGAAGAACCGACAAAUCCCGAACCCGAACCGGAGCCAGAACCCGUCAGGUCCGAAGAGGAAGAAGAUGAAGAAUGA